GCACACAGCUGACACAAACUGACCUGAUGGACGUAGAUAAACGUUAAAACUGACUAAUUUGGUGCUAUUUGGAGGCUGUUAUCGUGUUUAGUGGCAUCGAGACACUCAGUCUGAAAUGCAUCUCUUACUUUAUGGGUCCGUAACGUCGUUUUAUAUGUUAUUUAGUUGGUUAACCUGCUAAUAAACUAGCCCGUGCUGCUCCUGGAAAGCUAUCCUAGCUAGUUCAAAAUGACUCUUCCAGUUUUGCACAACACCGGUGUGCUUUACAGGCGAAUUUUGUCGCAGUUUCCCCAGGACAUCAGUUUAGCUUUUGCCUAUGGAUCUGGCGUUUUCAAACAACACGGGACCAACCAAGGUCAAAUGGAGAAGAACAUGCUGGACUUUGUGAUUGCGGUGGACGACCCAGUGACCUGGCACACCAUGAAUCUGCUGCAGAAUCGCAAACACUACUCCAUCCUCAAGCUGCUGGGGCCCACAAUGAUCAGCUCCAUACAAAAUGAACACGGGGCUUCGGUGUACUACAACACACUGGUGCCUGUGGAUGGGAGGAUAAUCAAAUAUGGUGUUAUUAGUACAGAGUCUCUGAUAGAUGACCUGAUGCACUGGAAGACCAUGUAUGUUGCUGGACGCCUUCACAAACCAGUGAAGAUGCUGGUGCAGAGUGAGAAUGGAAAGCUCUGUGCUGCUUUGGUGGCCAACCUGAAGAGUGCUGUGACAGCCUCCUUCCUCAUGCUGCCAGAGAGCUUCACUGAGGAAGACCUCUUCCUGCAGAUUGCCGGUCUAUCUUAUGCUGGGGAUUUUCGAAUGGUGAUUGGAGAAGAUAAAUCCAAGGUUUCCAAUAUCGUCAAAGACAACAUUCAGCACUUCCAGAUUCUGUACAGCAACAUCCUGCGCGACUGCCCUCAAGUGGUCUACAAACCUCAACAAGGAAAACUGGAGGUUGACAAAAGCCCAGAAGGCCAGUUUAUCCAGCUGAUGGCGUUGCCUCGGACCCUGCAGCAAAAGAUCACAAAGCUGGUCGACCCCCCGGGGAAAAACCGAGACGUGGAGGAGAUCCUGCUGCAGGUCGCUCAGGACCCAGACUGUGGAGCUGUCGUACAGCAAGGUAUUUCGUCCAUUGUGAAAACCUCCAGUAUAACACAGAGUGUCAAAGGCAUUGCUACAGCUGGCUUGUGGAAGACUGUGUCAUACAGCUCCAAGAAACUGGUGAAGAUGUGGAGGGGUUGGAGGAGGAAGCCGUCUGUCUCCCAGAUGUCCUGAUCUUGUCUGUCUGGACAGGAGCCUGUCUUCCUCUAUCCCUGUCAGCCAGACAAUCGACGUCCAUCCUUUGGUUUUACCCUGAAACAAACUGUGGCCGGAACAAUCAGGCACUCACCUCCGGUUCUAUCACUGCAUAGCCUCUGUGAACGGGCAUUACUCACCAGGUGUAAGCCUGUGUUUGAAUAGUGUAGAACUGUCUUUACAACUGCCCUUUAUCGUGCAGUUCAUAAAAGUUGUAGAAAAGAGGAUGACAUUUCACGAGCCUGACUGAAUUAUGGCUGACAUUUAAUGGUAGUACAGACCAAACCUUUGUGGAUAAUGACUACAGUGACCGGCUAAGUCUAGAGCCACAGCACACGACGAGUGUGAGCACAGCAUGCCAAAAGUACCACAUGUGUUAGACGUGGUACAUCUUACACAUGUUCUCCACAUAAUGAAGAAAAGGCCUGUGUGUCAUCUUUCUUUUGAAUAAUAGGAGUAUAUCUGUGCAUUUUCUGUGUGAGUGCUGCUGCCCAGAUGAGAGCUGAUGCGCAGCUAAGAUGCUGAAACAGUGCAGCAAUUGAGAAUGAUAUUUCUACAUUCUUGUCUUUGUACUGAGAGAGGGCUUUAUUGAGCUCUUCAGAUGUGGACUGGUGUUAUGCACACACACUUCCCAUCCUGCUGUCACAUUGCCAAAGAUCUCAAAUCUCAUGAAAUUUCUCAUUUUUACCGUUUCUAAUUGUACCAUAUUGAUGCCAGUAUUCAUAAAAAAGAAAAUAGGAUCACAUUUAUUUUAUGAGACAAAUGUUCCUCGUUGUUAACAUCUGUUUACAUGUCUGCCAACUUAUUGUUAUGAGCUCAUCAUACUGACAGAUGGAGGUCUUUGAUGGGAAAAUGCAUUAACUGGUUCUUCACAUACAUGCUGCAAUUCAGUUACAAGAAAUGGGUUUAAUAAACCUUUUGAUAAAACUAACUAUGGUUAUUCUGUUUUCAGUGGCAGGAUUUUUUUAACCUCAUUUAAGGAAUCAUUAGAAAAGUUUUGUGGGUCCAUUUUUGAACAUCAUCAUAUGCCCCUAGUCUGUUUUUAAACAUCAUCACCACCUGAGGUUAUAUCUGAGAGUUUAGUCAUUGCAAAGCUGCUAAUUGUUGCAAUACAAAAGGAUACUCUUGUUGUCUUUUUGCAUCAUUUUCCUUACUUUAUUUGGGCGGUUUUUAUGCCUCUGUGCUGGUGACAGCUGUGGCCGGAGGAAUGACGUUUCUGGGUUGGUCAUACGUAUGUCCCAUUCUUUCAGGAACACCUGGAGGGAAUCUCACAAACAUUCACUUGGACUGGAUGAACUGGUUAAAUGUUUGUGGUCAAAGGUCACUGUGAUGUCACAUAACACUUUUUGGGCUGUUAACUCAAGAAUUCACAUGUUAAUUAAGACAAAGUUUCACACAAAUGUCUCAUAAGAUAAAAUUAUGAGGUGAUGACAUUUAAUAUCCGAAAGAUCAAAGGUCAGCUUCACUGUGGCAUCAUACUGUUCUGCAAGAACUCUUCUUUUCUAUAUUUCACAUUUGGUCAGAUACUGAUUUGGUGACACUAAUCUUGGGUCUCUAACUUGAAACUGUGUCAAAUCUAUAGGUCUUAUGUGCUGCUAGGUUGAAGACAUGCGUGAAGC